GAAAACAAAAAGAAUCAUGUCAGUCCCACCCCAUAUGGAACACAAACCCUAAUAAUUACAUAGAUGACAAUUAUCUUCUUAUAAUAUAUCUCCAUACAAAAUUAUUGUAUACACACAUACAUAUAUAUAUAUGGACAUAGAUAUAUAUAUAAAGGUCCAUCCACUUUAAAUUUUAGCCAUCUUCAUUCUCACACUCGCCCUCUCUCUCCUUUCAUUCUCAUUCUCUCUCGGCUUUGUUUUCUCUUUGAUCUGAUUCCUCUAUUCUAUUUAUCCAUCAACCACCACGCAAAAAGAAAAAGAAAAAUCUUUACUUUAAGAAUUUUGAAGAAUAAAAUCAAAAGAGAAUAACCAUGGUUUUCUCCUCCAUCCAAGCUUAUCUUGAUUCAUCUAACUGGCAACAGGCUCCUCCAAGCAAUUAUAAUCAGGACGGCGUAGGAGCCCCAGAAACCGGAGGUCAUGUUCUUCGUCCUCAGCUGCAGCCACAACAGCAGCCGAAUCCUAAUGGGAGCGUAGGUGGAGGUGGAAGCGGCGGUGGCUCGAUCCGAGCAGGAUCAAUGGUGGACAGAGCAAGACAAGCAAACGUAGCCUUGCCAGAAGCAGCACUGAAAUGUCCAAGAUGUGAAUCCACCAACACCAAGUUCUGCUACUUCAACAACUACAGCCUCACUCAGCCACGCCACUUCUGCAAGACCUGCCGGAGAUACUGGACACGUGGCGGUGCCCUCCGCAACGUCCCUGUUGGUGGUGGCUGCCGGAGAAACAGGCGUACUAAAAGCAGCAGCAACAACAACAAUAACAGCACUGCGACAAGCAACAACACCAGCUUCUCCUCCGGGAAUGCAUCCACCAUCAGCUCGAUUCUCUCCUCCCACUACGGAGGAAACCAAGAAAGUAUCUUAAGCCAGAUUUUGUCUCCAGCGAGGCUAAUGAAUCCUACUUACAAUCAUCUCGGCGAUCUCACAAAUAAUACAAAAACAGACAACAACAUGAGUUUGUUGAACUAUGGAGGAUUGAGUCAAGACUUGAGGUCAAUCCACAUGGGAGCUUCUGGUGGCUCGCUUAUGAGCUGUGUUGAUGAAUGGAGAUCACCUCUCGGGAACGCUUCUUUGUGA